CUAUAUGUACGCCAAAUCAUGAAUGUACAAAAGUGCUUACCAAGCACUUAUGGAGAACCACCAAAAUGACCUGUUGAAGAACCUGUUGUCGAGUCCGUCUAGGUUCCUUGCGGCGCAAAGAUCUUUGGUAAACACGAUCCGACAACUUUUUUGUUGAAUCACGAUGCAACGAAAGCUUCAAAUUUCUCCUUCAAAGGAGCUUUUGAUGCCCAUAAAUGUCCCUCAGAAGUUGCUGAUGGGACCUGGACCAUCCAAUGCUCCACCGAGGAUUCUUGCUGCCGGGGCACUGCCUAUGUUGGGUCAUAUGCACCCGGAAUUUGUGAAGGUAAUGGAUGAUGUGAAGGCUGGUAUCCAGUAUGCCUUUCAGACCAGAAACGAGCUGACGUUGGCUGUGAGUGGAACCGGCCAUGCAGGCAUGGAGGCAGCGACCAUGAACAUCCUUGAGCCAGGAGACACCAUUCUUGUCGCUGAGAAAGGACUCUGGGGAAAACGGCUUGCAGACUUGGGCAACAGAAAUGGAGCAAACGUUAAAAUCAUCAAAAAGCCGAUGGGACAAGUGUUCUCACUUCUUGAAAUAGAAAAUGGGCUCAGGAGGUACAAUCCAUCAGUAUUCUUCAUCACACAAGGGGAGUCCUCAGGCACUGCACUUCAGCCACUUGAAGGUGUUGGGGAACUUUGUCACAGGUACAACUGCCUAUUGUUUGUUGACACGGUUGCAUCCUUGGGAGGGGUGCCACUCCUUGUGGAUGAAUGGGGUAUUGACGUGAUUUACAGUGGUUCUCAGAAGGUCCUUGGUGCCCCGCCCGGCACGGCUCCCAUCUCUUUCAGUAUGAAAGCAAGAGAGAAGAUGGCGCGCCGGAAAACUAGAGUGCCUUCCUUCUACCUGGACAUGGUUGAGCUUGGGAACUAUUGGGGAUGUGAUGAGAGUCCAAGAAGGUAUCAUCAUACUGGAAUGAUACACUCUGUCUACGCGCUGAGAGAAGGCCUAGCCAUGCUGGCUGAGGAAGGCCUGGAGAACUGUUGGGUGCGGCACAGGCAGUGCGCUGAGAUGCUGUGGGCGGGGCUUGAGAAGCUAGGCCUGAAGUUACUGGUGACAGACAGGUCAGCCCGCCUACCCACUGUGACUGGAGUGAUGGUGCCUCAGGGCGUGGCCUGGAAGGAGGUUACACAGUACAUGAUGGACAAAUACAAGAUUGAGAUCUCUGGAGGCCUAGGGGCACUGGCAGGAAAGAUUUGGCGGAUUGGUCUGCUGGGACACAACUGCCAGCCUUACAACGUGGAGAAAGUACUGAUUGCUCUGAAGGAGGCGCUAAGUCACUGCGGGAUGCAAAUUCCUGCUUCCAAAUUGUAGAUGAAUCCAAGAGGAGUCGGGCUAACCUAGGAAGCACUCUCA